CAUUGUCUACCCUUGUCACCCAUCCUCCGCUUUCUCUCGGACUCGCUCGGAGAACGAAGUUGUGUCCAGCCCACCGACCCUAGCCGAUUUCCGCCCGUCGUUGAUCCGACGCAGCCCAACCCUGGAUUCAAUACUUUUAAUCAAUGGACAGAGCCUCCUCAACGGCCAGCAGAGGUACAGACACUCCAUAAGCAGCCCUUACCCUCUGGCAUUAGCUCCCCCUGGUGGUUGGAGGGGGAUGGAGCGCAGUGGUGGGGAGAGCCCCCGCAUGCAGGACAGUCCUGAGCGGGAGCGGCGGGGGGGCAGCCCGGACCUCAGCGGACCCCCGCCAGGGAAGAUGGGGCGUCUGGAGCGCAACGGGAGCCCCACUGGGCCAUGUCUCCUACACCACAACGGCAACCCACACGGACCCCUGGGAGGUCUGAUGAUCCCAGUAUUCUGUGUGGUGGAGCAGGCAGGGCCUGGUGGGGGGAUGCAACGUGAGGAGGUGGAGAGGAGUGAGGGCCACAGAGAGGAGCAUGCUGAGUUUGUCCUGGUCAGGAAAGACAUCCUCUUCAACCAGCUGGUGGAGACGGCCCUGCAGGCCCUGGGGUACUCCCACAGCUCUGCUGCUCAGGCCCAGGGCAUCAUCAAGGUGGGUCAUUGGAACCCUCUGCCCAUCCACUUCCUAACAGACGCUCCUCAAGCCACAGUGGCUGACAUGCUGCUGGACGUCUAUCACAUGGUCACUCUCCACAUACAGCUACAGAGCUUUGCCAAGCUGGAGGAUCUUCCGUCAGAGCAGUGGAACCACGCCACGGUGAGGAACGCUCUUAAGGAGCUUCUCAAGGAGAUGAACCAAAGCACACUGGCUAAGGAGUGCCCUCUGUCACAGAGUAUGAUUUCCUCGAUAGUAAACAGCUCCUACUAUGCCAAUGUCUCCACUGCCAAAUGCCAGGAGUUUGGACGCUGGUACAAGAAGUAUAAGAAAAUCAAAGGAGAUUAUCAGGAGAAGAUGUGGCCAGGAAGAGAACAUUCUGAAAUCAAAGUGGAGAGAGACAGCCUGGCAGACUUCUAUGUCCUGGGCCAGCGUCCCCCUCCCCACCUGGCCAGCCUGGCCCAGCUCAGCCACCUCGGAGGGGGUGGAGGUGCUCUCCUCAAGGGUGGCUCCGGGGACCCCCAAAACCCCUCCCAACGCCCCCAACAACAACAACAAUCUCAACAACAACACCCCCCCUCUCCCCAUGGCCAGCACCACAACAGCCCCCCUCUACGUGGCCAGGUCCCCCCUCCCGGCCCUCCAACCUCCCUCCAACCUCUCCUCGGCCCAGGUGGGCUUCUCUCCCCCCAGCUCAGCCCUCAGCUGGUUCGACAGCAGCUAGCCAUGGCUCACCUCAUCAACCAGCAGCUAGCUGUUAGCCGCCUGCUAGCCCACCAGCACCCACAGACCCUCAACCAGCACUUCCUCAACCACCCUCCCAUCCCUCGCCUCUCCAAGGCAGGAGCCCCUGGGGACCCUGGGAGCAACCAGUCUGCUGCGGAGGUCUCCAUUGAUAUCUACCAGCACGUCAGGGAUGAACUGAAGAGGGCCAGUGUCUCACAGGCUGUGUUCGCCCGCGUGGCCUUCAACAGAACACAGGGCCUGCUGUCGGAGAUCCUGCGGAAGGAGGAGGACCCUGGCUCUGCCUCUCAGUCCCUGCUGGUCAACCUCAAAGCCAUGCAGAACUUCCUCAUCCUCCCUGAGGGGGAGAGAGACCAUAUUUACCAGGAGGAGCGUGAGCGCAGCAUCAACCCCUCUGUUGGCCUGCCCCCUACCCCUACCUCCAGCCCCGGGGGCCCCCGCCUCUCUCAGGAUCUAUUUAGACCGACCAUCACUAACCAUGUCCCAUACCACCUCAUGCAGAAGGUGUGGGAGAGAGGUCUGGAUGAGCAGCUCACUCCUGAUGCCUGGGCUGCUCUCUGGAAGAACAAGACCAAAGCCUCCUCUGUGCCCAAGCCACCAGGCCCCAACCCAGACCUGCCCCUGAAGCUGGAGUCUCUGGUCAACAUCACGUCAGGUAUCUAUGAUGAGAUCCAGCAGGAGAUGAAGAGGGCCAAGGUGUCUCAGGCGCUGUUCGCCAAGGUGGCCGCCAACAAGAGCCAGGGCUGGCUGUGUGAAUUGCUGCGGUGGAAGGAGAACCCUAGCCCAGAGAACCGUACUCUGUGGGAGAACCUGUGUACCAUCCGGAGGUUCCUGACCCUGUCCAAGACAGAGAGGGACAUGGUGUAUGAAGAGGAGUCAAGGCACCACCACAGUGAGAGAGUCCACACUGUACUACACCUGCCCCAAGACCCACAGUUGUACUGUUUUUCUCACCAGGCGCUGCACAGGCAACCCCCACAGCCCCUGAAGCACCACUCCCCCAUGCGCGAGGACCCUGUGCCCGCCCAGGGUAAUGACGAAGGGUCACAGAACGUUGAAAGAGGUGGUGGCUGCACGGGCGGCCCAGGAGUCGGUGGUUGCACGGUCGUUAAGAAGCCUCGAUCACGCACUAAGAUAUCUCUAGAAGCCCUGGGCAUCCUACAGAGCUUCAUCCAGGACGUGGGUCUGUACCCGGACCAGGAAGCCAUCCAUACCCUGUCAGCCCAGCUGGACCUGCCCAAACACACCAUCAUCAAAUUCUUCCAGAACCAGCGCUACCAUGUCAAGCACCACGGCCGGCUGAAGGAGCUAGGGGAGGGGGCUGGCGGCGUGGACGUCAGCGAAUACAGAGACGAGGAGCUCCUCUCCAGCUCAGAGGACCCUGAGUCCAGUGAGGAUGGUCACGAGGAGAUGUACCCCACUACUGAGAGGGAAGGAGGGGAGAGAGAGAGCAACACAGCAGGGUCAGCCCCUUCCCUGGCCCCAGCCCCAGGCGAGUCUUCAGGGACCAGCAAGGAAGCCAUGGAGGAGAGCAAGGACAAGGGCCAUUCUCAUGGUCUGGGUGGGGGCCGAGCCAGCUCCCUGCCCCCUAGUAGCUCCUCAUCCAGUCCCAGAGAACAGGCUGACUUCCAGAGAUAGAGACCCAGAGACUAGAUAAGACACUGGAAGAGACGGGCGGAGACAGAGAGACACGAGAGACAGAGAGACACGAGAGACAAAGAGACACAAGAGAGAGAGAGAGAUACAAGGGGAAUCGAAUGGGAACAAAACACUGGGAGAGGGGAAGAGAGGCAUAGAUGAGACAAUGAGAGACUCACUGACACACACACACACACACAAUAUACAGACAAGGGAUCCUAAGGAGGGCUCGUCAAAGUGGGAUAUCAGUGAAAAUACAAUUUGUUACCUCAGCAACAGGGAUAUGCCAUGAAACAGCAGCCAUGUGGAACAGUUAGAAUAGUAUGUUCACUGAACCAAUAGACAGAGAGAAAACCAAACAUACACACACACAUCUCACCCCUGUCCACAAGAGGAACUCGCCACAUCAACACCACUCUUGAAUUGAGCCAAUCCCAAAAUUCAGCUUCACCCAAGAGGACCGGCUCUCAUCUGCUCUGUCCAAUGACUACUCUCCCUAGUGUCUCAACCACACCCACAUGCUGAGUACUUGUCCUUAUUUCGAUGUUGGGUCUUGAGUCAGAUCCCUAACUGACACUCAUAGACUGAAUACUGGGGGCCUGCUCAGACCUUCAUCAUCCUAUGGUCCCUCAGCUCCAGAUCUACAGCACAUAACUGGCUGUUGUGGCUGUCCUCCAACUCCUCCCCCUCUCCGCCCCUCCAUGAAAGGACCAUUCUGGUCUUUGACAGCGUUGACAGUUUGAGUGGGUGGUUGGAUAGUGGAUGGGUGUUGGGUGGAGGUAGGAACAGUGGUAUGGGGGAAUUCACCAAUGAUAAACAAAUAUGGUUUAAGUCCAGAAUGGAAGCUUAUGGUAUUUUUUUGAAGUUGGAAUCGCCCCUCCCAUCCAGCUCCCGUUGCCAACCCUCAAUGGUGCAACAACAUCCCUAUGCGAUGGACCAGACCAUCCCUCUAACGCCAUGCCCCCUACCCCCUGCCCCCUAC